GAGCAACUCGGUGUGAUGAUCAAGUGAACCAGAAAAUGUCAACAUGGUGGGCAGUGUCGAGAGUGUGAAUUUGGCAUUUCCCCAGAAUUGUUGGAGGGCGUCAGCACCUGAUUGGCCAGGUGCCCUCCACCUCGUGGUCCGCCUUUUUGCUUGUGCGCUGCUGCGAGGUACUGACUGAAAACAGAAAGCAGCUCUCUCAUCAAGGUUCUUGGAAAAUCACACAAUGCCACCGAAUUAUCCGGUGACAGUCUGACAGAUUUCCAAAUAUCACAACAUUCUCUCGCAACAUUGUCUGUGCUACCCGGCCCAGCCAUUGUCCCAGAUUCCACCAUCGCCCCCACGAAAUUUGUCACCGGACCGCUUCAUCGCAGACAAGGCCUGUCCUGCUCAUCUUCUGGGGACCCUGGCCUGUCACUGCCCAGUGAUCUGGGGCCGAAAGAGGGGCACUCCUCACACUGUGUUGCAAAGACAGGUUCAAUUGACGUUUGCAUCAUGGGUGUUCACCCACCCCACGAAAGCGCCCAGGUGAAACCCUCCUCCUCCCCUCUCACCCAUCCAGUGACCUACAAGAACACAGCCCGCCCAAUUCCCUGACAUUCUCUUCGCCCUCUUGCCCUUCUCGCCAACCUGACCCUUCCAGCCUCCUGUCCAGUCUUCGUCGUCUCACCACCACACCAAAUUCUGAUCUCAACAUCGCUCCAUCUGCUCUUGGGGAUCCAAGGUCUAACCCUGCCCUCGUUGACCUGAGCCCACGCUGGCGGGAAACACACUUGGACCGGGGAUCUUUGUCAUUUCGAUACACUUCCCCGUCUUUGCACCACACCCACCGACGGUGAAAGACGAUUGGCCAAGACCAACAAGCUCACCCAGCUCCGUCCAUCUCCGCUCUCGGCAGCAGCCUUGAAGGACACGGCGUUGGUCCAUGCGCAAGCUGAAGCGCCCAGGAAUUGGUCAAAGGAGUCAUCCGACACGCAAAAGUAUCUGAUAAUUAGCCCAAAGAAUCAAGUCUUUUAAAGCUCUGCCUUGGUCGGUCGUCUCACACACUCAAGCUUCGCCUGUGCCGUCUUUUUUCGGUUCAAAGACAUUCAGACAGCUCUUCCAAGCUACACUACCACCUAUCUUCAUACCUACACUUACACAAGACACACACACCACCACGCGAGUUUCCACUUGUGUUCCCAUCAACUGAACCGUCACUUCUCUUCUAUAACAGACAUCCCGACUACACAAGCGCGGGGUAAAAUCCUGCUCGUUUGGCUACCCGAUUUGCACGCCAAGUCCACGAGUUGUCGCGACACACAACGUUGUGGCCCGUCAGCAGCACCGCAACGCAACACAGACUCACUGCUGGGCGGCAACCCGAGUCAAGCCCUGUUAUUAGACACCUUCCCCGAAGGUUCAGCGAUUGCAGACUACUGGCCCAAGAAUCCAACUAUCGAGUGGCCCGGCAUAAUACCAAGGGACCAUCACAGUCCACAAAAGGCCGCCAGCAACCGACAGCACUGACAACCCAAGAGGAAAAAAAAAUCUCUUCUGCAGCAUACAUAUUCGCCACCGCACGACACACCCCUUUGCUGGGCUCCAAUUGCGAGGAAAACUUUUUCUUGUUUGGACGACAACUUGCCAAGUUCAAAAGGAUCAUCUUUUCGUCGCUCAAUUGUCACCCAACCCCCAACCCCUAGCUGUCCACACAGGCUUUAUCCCGGGUUCUUCAGUUCUUGCUCUCUGAAGCUCUAAAUUCCCCGCCUUCCCCCGUCUGGGCCAUCUCCAUCCCCACACUUGGACCCCAACGGACUUGGGACGAGCUACAGCCAACCAGCAUUCCCUGGCCUCGACGCCCUGCGCUUUCACCUCGAGCUCCCCUGAGCUGCACCAAUCACAAGGCUCGUCUCCAUGCAUCACCACCGUCGAAAGUCGGGCAACACGUCCAUGACCGACGUCCGCAAAGCAACAGUCGGUGCAUCAGACCCCAACUACAGGAAGCACUCAUCCAGACCUACCACCAUGACGAGAAGAAUCACACCGCAAAGCGCCCCAAAGCUGGGCAGGAGUCGCGAGGACAGAGAGAGGGAACUGGAUGAUGAGCGCUGGUGGGAUGAGGAGCGGGAGAGCUUCCCGCAGUACUGCAUGGUGUGCGAGAAGCAGUUCAUUCCAGCCGACGACCAGAACCUCUACUGCUCAGAAACAUGCCGGUACGAUGACCAGGUUAGCGCCUCGACGGCGCCGAGCCAUGGAAGUCACCCACCUACUCAGUACCCUUUCUACUCGGGAGCUCCAGAGCCCAGAGAUAUCGUACCCCGCGCCUCGCCUUCAAGGCCUAGCUCUACGCACUUUUCCCCGCCCUCAACGGCCGUAAAUGCGCUCAAGUCGUCACUAUACAUCCGCCCACCGAGUCCCACGUCACCCAUGAUGGGUACCUCCCACAGCGGUGUCUGGUCGUUUGGCAGGGGCACUGCUACAAGCCCAGACAACUCGUACACGAAACCCACCUCGAGUUACUUUUCGACCACUUACGACGGCGCGUACUACGACCACUACGGCUCCUCGGUUGACAGACCCCUUCCGUCACGCAGGCCUGGUGUUUACUCUAGACCAAAGAGCAUCGAACUCGUUACACCCAUGCUCGCCUCCGGGAGGUAGUUCUCCCGCAUUGAAAGUCAUGCGAGGAGCGGGUGCGGGUAGCCUCGCAUGGCAAUGCAGCGAUGCUGUCGGAAAAGGCAACGCUGAUUGCAGUCGUUGGGACCCAGGGACGCAAAGUCAAGAGCUGUCUUGAUUAGGAAAAGGACUUUUCUGAUCCUUCUUUAUCUCUCUCCAUGUGGGGGUUUGGUUGGCCGAGCUGUUGCAGUGCAACAUUCCGCGCGGGGUGCUGAAUGGCACAAUCUGCCCUCUCUUGUGUGCUGGCUGUGCUUCAGCAGUAGCAGCAGCAGCAGCAGCAGCAGCAGCAUCACACCUCCCAACCCCAGCUGCCACUCGUGCAGCUUUCAGGAUCUUUUGAUUUCUCGGUACCCCACACACGGGUGAGCCGGUUCAGCAUGGGGAGCGGCGGGGAUGCCAUCCUCAGGCUUUCCACAUCUGUCUUGGCACAUUACAGGCCAGCAUCAAAAAAAGAGGCGUUUUCUGGGGCACACCUGCAUUUCUUAGCGCGGGGUUGGUCCCUCGGCUGGGCACGCGCUGUACAGGGGAAGAGGGAGGGAGGGAUUGGUGGUUGCCGUGGACUUGGUUAACGUCCCACAUCAUCACAAACCACCUCCCCUUCUUGGUGCCUUUCUUCAUUGUCACUUACUACUAAUUUUGUUUUCAUGUUUGGGAUAUGUGUUUUCAACAAAAAGCUUAGCGGCAUGGGCGAGGUUUUAUCUGAAGAUAAUAGAUGGGAAAAAAGCAACAUUUUUUUAUUCCUUGGAGCAUGACAAAUCAUGGAGAGGAGGACUAUUAUUCGUUUCGGGGGGUCUUGAGGAGGACAUCUGAGCUUACUACUCUACUUAUUUUUAGCAUUUAUAACUUUCUUGGAGGUGGCGGCAUAGUAUUGGAGAUUAUUGGCAAAGGAAACACAGGCCUCUUUUUUUUUUCUCUUUCUGUCUGAAAUGUAUAUAGCUAACUUUGUUACGUCUUUUUUAUUUCGCUCUUGGCAUGAACGGAGCUUUCUUUUUUUUAUCACGAUGGGGGCUUUUUUUUGAUUUCCGGAUACGGACGGACGGACGGAUGGGACAUGUCACACCGCUCAAACAAAACACACAUUUUUCGUUUAAUUACACAAUUGAAUUGGCUGAAUACAACACACACACACACACACACACACACACAGAGAGAAUGAUGCAUUUGCUUUUUCGCUUCUUGUUUCGCUUGAUCUGUCUUGGUGACCGUUGUGGAACAAGUGGAACUGCUUGCUUGGUGUGGAUGGACUGGUGGAGAUAGAAUAUGGUUACACGGGUGGUGGGGUUGGUUGGAGCUUGCUGGCAAACAAGCAAAGACCGAGAAUAUGGGGUAAUAAGAUGUGGGUUCCUGAAUUGGAUGGGACGCUGGGUUUUUUGGAGGAGAGGGGGGAU